AUGGCAAUGCUGAAGCAGCUGACCGUGAAUGUGCCCUUGGUGGAGGCACUUGAGAAAAUGCCAGGAUACACUAAGUUUAUAAAGGACCUUGUGACGAAGAAAAGAGCGGUGAGCUAUAAACCGGUGGAAAAUCUCUACCACUAUAGUGCCAUUUCUACAAUAUCCUUAGUGCAAAAGAAGCCCGAUCCCGGAGCAUUCACCAUCCCUUGUACUAUCGGGUCGCUUGAUUUUGCGAAAUCCUUAUGCGAUCUCGGAGCAAUUAUUAACUUGAUGCCACUGGCUGUUUAUAAGAAGUUGGGUUUGGGGGAUCCUACCCCCACAAAUAUGCGGUUGGUAAUGGCGGACAGGUCUGUGAAGCAGCCAGUGAAAAUAUUACAUGAUGUAUUGGUAAAGGUUGCCGACUUUAUAUUUUCUGUCAACUUUGUAGUCCUUGACUGUGAUGUGGACUUUGAAGUGCCCAUUACUUUAGGUAGACCAUUCUUAGCAACUGGGAGAGUGAUAGUUGACAUAGAGCUGAAUGAGCUCAAGUUUAGGCUCAAUGAAAAAGAAGCAAAAUUUGAAAUGCACCCAUCCAUGACACAGCAAAAGGAGAUGAGUGUUUUCUUAAUUGUGGAUAUGUUCUAUGAGGAUGGGAAAUAG